GAUACUUCAAUACUUGUAUUUGUUAAAUUGAACGGGUUGUUCGAAAAUUUUGCUAGUUUGUUGAUGGAGUUGAAGUUCAUAUAAAUUAUUAACACGGAACAUUAUGUACCUCAGUCAUAAGAUGCAUGUGUCGCAUUGCGUCAUUCAAUUUUUUUAGGUUUGAAUAGCCAAAUAAUAAAUAAAUUUAAUUUUCACUUACAUUUUUUUUUCGUGUUAGAAUAAUUUUCACUUUUCGGUUCUUCUAAAAAAAAACUUGUAUAACAGAGUAGCCGGGAAAAAACGUAGGGCAUGUUUGGAGGUUGAGAUUCUCCAAAUAGAUGUAUUUGUUCAAUUUGUGUAUUACCAUUUGAUGUAUUGAUUCAAUGCAUGUAUUAGGAAAAUACUUUGUUUGGAGGAGCAAUGAUGAAACAAAAAGUAGGGUAGACAAUCCCUCGUUAACAAUCUCACCUUUUGGUAGAGAUUUAUAAUCAUUCAUUUUGAGUGAUUAUAAGUGGGCCCAACAAAAAGGUAAUACAUGCAUUCUAACUCAAAGUGAACCAAAAAAACGACUUAAUCUUAACAUUACAUGUAUUUGCUAAAUACCUCACUUCAAAUCUCAACCUCCAAACAACCUCGUAGAUUCACUUGUGUUGCACAGCCCAGGAGCGAACUCGCCACGUGUACGUCUGCAAGCGAUCAUGAAGUCCACGUCACCACGGCAAAGCUCCUGCUAGCCUCCCAUUAUUCAUUCAUUUUAUUAUAUCUUUUUUCCCCUCCUUUCUUUCCCGUCAAGUCUUUUUUAUUUUCUCAUUUUCAUGCUUCCCGUUUUCUUCGUCUUCUUAUUCUUCUCAUCGUUCUCUCCAGCGAAACCCUAAAUUAAAAAAAAAAAAAAAAAAACGAACCCAAUAUCCUCUCUCGGUUUCUAUAUAUAUCGCCUAUCGGUGAAGCUUUGAUCUUUUUUCACAGAUCCCGACGACGACGAAUAAGAGCGAUUUCCCCCCUUCUCGGUGUUCGUCUUUCAGGUCAGUCUUUUUGGCUCGGCCUGAGUCAACUCGACGCUUCUUUCUAUUAGUUUCAUAAUGUUUUGAAUUUUUCGUACCAGUACCUUACAAUGCUUCGGCUUUCUAGUCUCUCGUUAGGAUAUCUGAUCGGCUUGUUUGUGGAUGUAUAGUAUUGUUAGAUUCGGUUAUGGGGUAUGCUUGGUUUCUUAGAAAUUGGUGGGGAUGAGAGGCGAUACUGAAGAAAGUGGGGAUUUUUAGUACUGUCCUUUUAUUUCUUACGAGUGUGGGGGCGAGUUUCGGUUAAGUUAGUUAUUUGAGAGGUUUCUUCAGUAAGCUGGCUGGUUAAAGGUUUAGAUUUCAAACAGUGUGGCUGAUUGCAGUCUUCUUUUCUGUCUGAUUAAGUAAUAAACAUGAUUACCUCUGCGGUUAUUAGGUCUCGUUGUGUCAAUAAAUGUUGGAGUUAAAUCAUUUUUGGAUGGUUUUUGCUGUCGCUUUGUCCAUCAUGAGCAACUUGCCUCCUUUUCUCUGGUUUUUCUUUUUCUUUCCUUCUAUUGAUUUUUAUUUUCCGGGUGUGACUUAUGUUAUUGUGGUGAACUAAGCAUGGCCUAAUCACGAAAAGAAUGAAUCUUUCCAGAGUUUGUUGUUUCAAUAGAGCAGUUUGAUGAUUUUCUUGGACUGGCUUUCUCUUGGUUGCAGCUUGAGCCAUUGAAGGGUGUAGUUUGGGAUUUAGUAUUCAGGGUUUAAAUUUCAACUACGUAAAGAAGGUUAUAAUUGCUUACCGUUGGACGUUUGGGGUCUCAUGAGAAUUGUCAGGGGAAUGCAGAGAUCCUUCGUUGGUGGCGAGGAGCUGAACACACUCUGCUGGAAGAAAUCCUUCUGCCAAGGAAUAGGGAUCACUGCCCCCAUGGCUAGGACACGUGACAAACAAAUGUCAGCUGCUGUCUUUUUAUGUCUCUAAGUUUUGUUCAUUUGGGGGAGUAGUAAAGACGGUCCCUGAGCUUGAAUACAUACUUCCAAGUAAUAAACUAUCACGAGAGACAUGACUCGGAUUUUGGUUCAGCGAGGAAGUGGUUCUUCUUCUUCUUCUUCCAACCAGAGCAGAGCAGGGUCUUCAUCAGCUGCUCGUCCUGAAACUCAGGCUACUGCUACUACAAACCAAGUUCUUCCGGCUGCGAAGGAUGAAGAAAUAAGUGAUGAGGUGCAGGAACAGAUUGUUGUAGUUGAAAUCUUGGAGGAGCAAUGUGGAACAAGUGAAAAUAAAGCAGUGAAGAAUGAUGAUCUUCCAGAAUGCAAGCACGGUGAGAAAAAUAAAUGCCUGAGUGAUGAUGCUGGUGAUUGUGAGGGAGCACUCAGUGAUGAAAUUAUAGGGUCUGGAGACACAAUAAAAGGUGAAGUGAGGGCAAUGGGGAAGUCUGAGGUAGAGGGUGAAAGUUCAAGUAGUGUUCUUUUCCCUGCCAGCACUGGAGGUAGUCAACCUCCACCUCCUCCUGUCCCACCUCCCAGACUGUCAACAGCAAGCUCUAAUCCAAUGAGAUGCUUAUUGGCACGUCCUGAUGCUGUUCGCACUGGAUCAUCAAGAAGGGCACAUGCUUGGCCAGUUGUUUCUGCUAGGAGUUCACCCACUGGGUCUAGGCCGUCAUCUCCCAGGUCUCACGUCGAAAAUGAGGGGUAUAAUAGUGCUGAUGAGCAAAAUCCAUGUUUGGCUUCCUCUUACGGUGAUUUGGAAAGAGAGCGCCAAUUUGAGAUCGACAUCAGGCGAUCUAAAGGACUAGAAGUCAAAAGAAUGUUGGAGGAUGGAAAUUGUCUUUUUCGUGCUGUGGCUGAUCAAGUAUAUGGGGACUCCGAGGCGUAUGAUUUGGUUAGGCAAAUGUGCAUUGACUAUAUGGAGCGGGAGAGAGACCACUUUUCUCAAUUUAUUACAGAAGGGUUUUCCUCCUACUGUAAGAGAAAGAGAAGAGACAAGGUUUAUGGUAAUAACGUGGAGAUUCAAGCCAUGUCAGAAAUGUAUAAUCGUCCAAUCCAUAUUUAUUCUUAUAGCACAGAGCCUAUCAAUAUAUUUCAUGGCAACUACAAUACUGACACGCCACCUGUACGGCUGAGUUAUCAUCAUGGUAACCAUUAUAACUCUCUUGUCGACCCACGACGUUUGACUAUUGGUGCUGGACUUGGUUUUGGCUCUCUUCGAGGGAGAAAUGUGGACAAGGAUCAAGUCAAAGCUGCUAUCAAGGCUCAGCAGGACCAGCAGAUCGAUAAUGCACUUGUUGCUGAAGGACGAUUUUACUCUGAUCUCGAGCUUACCGAAAAGGAGAUGGAACGUAUGGUGAUGGACGCUUCUCGAGCCGAGUAUAUUGCUAAUGACAAGUGGAAACUGCAAGUCGGCCGUAAAGAAUCUUCUAGCUCGGGUGCUGAACCAUCAUCCUCUGGAGCUUGGUCGUCUGGGAGCGAGACAAAGGCUAAAGGGGCUCGAGAACCUGGUACCCAUGAUGGGGGGCUAAGCAGCAGCAUGCAAAUGGUGCUGUCGAUGGGGUUCAGCUAUCUGCAGGCAAUCGAAGCUUACAGCAUAUUUGGGGAUGAUGUUGAUUCCAUGGUAUGUUACCUCUUGGAAACAGACAGCAGCAGCAGGCGCAAAGGCAAGGCUACUGAGUGACUGUCUUCCCCACUUCGCCCCUGCUGUUAGUUACCAGUUACCACUGCUACUAUUGCCACGCCCACGUAAUUUUAUCGAGGUGGGGGGAAGAAUUGGUCGCUAAUCUAUUGGAGGGUUGCUUGUUUUACCCCCGCUGUUUAGCUCUGUAAUGUUGGGGAGAGAUGAGAAGAGAAGAAACAAAGAGAUGUUUGGUCUAUUUUCUCUAGCCGAAGCUCGUCAGAAAUUGGAAAGAUGUCGCCGAGAAUCUAAUCAAUAAAAUUUAUGCUUUACACGUUGAAUCGCCUUUGCUGCUUUGCAACAUGCUCCUGUGAGGCUGUGACGUUUGGAAUGGCAUAGGCAGAAAGGUUCGAAUCCAUCUGGGUUGUGGAAUUCUUUUGUUCUCUCUUUGCUGCAUGAUCAUAUCAUAUCACAUGAAGGCUGUUCAUGAUUCUGAAGACUGAAUAGUAAAUACUAACAUUCGCA